AUGGGAGUGAGAGCUAGUAAACUGGGGAAAUUGAUUGCAGCUAGAAGUGUUAAGAGGCUAGGAGGUCCUCCUCCAUUGGCUCCUAAAGGUUAUGUGCCCAUUUGUGUAGGAGUUAAUGGUGAUACUAGGAGAUUUAUAGUUCACAGAAAAGCACUUGGUGAUGCAGAAUUCCUGGAGCUUCUCUGUAAAUCAGCUGAAGAAUAUGGUUUCUGUAAUGAAGGUGUUCUGAGGAUUCCAUAUGAGGCAAAGGAUUUUGAGGCGUGGAUGAUCAGAAAAGCAAAGCUGAGGAUUACUCCCGUUAAUCCAAUGAGGCAAAAAGUGACCCUGUGGGCAAACGCCCAUAGUUACUCUGCAGGCUAA